AGCAGAGGGUGGCAGCGGGCGUCAGGGGUGUCCAGUCACGCAAGGGUGAGCACCCCAUGUGAGCCGUGACGCGCGGCCGCCCUCACAAUUCAAAAUUCACAUUCCACUUCGUGUUUACUCUUUCGCGUGAGUGGCUAAACAGUGAAAUCGCACCAAUGGAGAUGGCAGAGGACGAAAUUGCGCUCAGUCCGCGAGCACGCGGCGAAAAAAUAAUUGUUUCAUCCCAGCAGGGCAAAAGUUUUGAGGAUUUGCUGGACGAGGCUGUCAGCGCGAGCAAGAAGGGGAGAAGAAGAAAGAAGAAACGGACGCCUGCGCAAACUUUGAUUUCAACCCAAAAUGUGCGCGAGGACAUGGCACUGGAACGUGCGGAAGCAGGUGUUUUUAACUUGGGCGCCGAGCUUGAUGACGACGAUCAAUUUGCACGAACGCCAAGCAAAUUGCUUGCAGGUGGUCCUCGAGUUUUGGCACCAAUUAAACCGAUUCGGCGCCAACAACACAUGUCGCCAAUGGACCAGAGAGAACUUUCAGACAUAUCGAGUGGGGAAGGAGUCCCACUGGACCCGACUGUUUUAAAUUCGCUCGAGGAGGAAGGCAUCAGGGUCAGCAGCAGUCCGGCGAAGAGCUGCAGCAGUGCGGAUAAGUCACCUUUGAAAAUCACGGAUUCGAGGAAUUCGCUUAGCGCUGCUUCUGUCUGCUCGUCGCCAGUGGCUGAGAAGCAACCGGCUCUUCAGUCAAAACGGCGGAGACGCAAAUUGGAAGAGCAGCAGCAACAGGAGGCAUCGAUUGAGCUGAAACCAAUGAGCCCGAGUGUACAGGCAGUGCCGAAAUCACAACUUCCUGAGAGCACAGACACGUUGUUGAAGGUGUCUGUUCACGUGUGCGAAGUGCCUCUGCCGUCGAUGCCGGCGGCCGGGAUUUUCCUCCGGGUGCACGUUUUGGACGUUGAGAGUGGGUGUGAAUUCAAAACCAGUCAUGAAGACACGAUAACGGCGUCGUCUACGGGGCUCGUCUCAAAAUUCAAAGGAAAACUAGCCACCGUGGAAGAGGACUUGGUGUUUUGUUUGCCUUUAAAACAGGCUUUGGAGAGCAACACUGUGCUAUUUCUGGAGUUGUUUGUGCCCAAACUGAGCUCGUAUUCCUCGUGUUACACAAAGAUAGACCUGCAAGAGCGUUGCAUCGGCUGGGCAUUUCUCAAAUUGAGAGCAUCAACCGGAGAGUACAAUAUUAGCUCCAAACUGCGCCUGCAGAUUUACGAGCCACUCAGCCUGCCGAAAUUCUCUUCAUCGCACAGUUUCAAAACCGUGUUUGGCUGGUGGAACCGCGGUCCAUGGAAGAAGACGCGGUUCUCCGUCUUUGUCACUGUUCGCGGAACGGAGGCUCACAGGACCCGCGAAAUCAGCAACAGCAGCACCAACAACAAUAACGGUGGCAUACAACGCAUCAACAAUGGCCGUGACAUCGUCGAUGAUGGACGGCCUGCAAGCGGCAGUAGAAUAGACGUACAAAACGGAUCGCGAGUUAACAAGGACUUUGAUCCAGCGUUGGCGCGGAAGGAUGGCCACUUGUGCAAAGUGCCGGACAAGCUGAACAAAUCGCUUGCAGCCGUGACGUUUCCCUGCCUCAACUUGGCUUUUGCGCCGUCGGGCAACUUUUUGGCGGCCGCCACCAACCAAACUAUCCACGUCUUCCAAGCUGCCGACUUUGGGCUCAAAAGCUGCCUGGAGGGCCACGAGGGACUGAUCUACUGCCUCUCCUGGCUGCACGAUGAUAAAUGGCUCGUCUCUUCCUCCGCAGACUGCCUCGCCAUUGUAUGGGACGUGCAAAAUGAGAUCAUUGCUAAGAUGCUUCCACAUCCCUCGUUUGUCUACUGCGCAAAGUUCGUACCAGGCGAGAGGAAUGCCAUCGUCAGCGGCAGCAAAGAUAAAACUCUACGGGUGUGGAAAUGUAAUGAUCAGGAUGACGACGAGUUCGAUCUGUGGCAGGAACUAGACGGCCACCAAGGUUUUGUGACCUCGAUUUGCUUUGACUGCAACAAGACGCUUUACUCGGCAGAUAGCGAGGGCCACGUCCUUUCGUGGACAAGCAGUGACGGACUCGAGUGGACACUGCAACGCGAGUUUUUGCUUGCCGACCUGAGAGGCGUUUCUAUCAGUGCAAUUCAGGUGCACCCCAGCGGAAAACGCAUUUUCAUAUCGGCGCGGGACAGCGUUGUCCGCAUGAUUGAUGUCCUCACUGGAGUCAUGCUGCAGAGUUUUUUAGGCGCCCUUUCGCAUAAAAUCCAGACGGGCUUGUGUUUAAGCCCGUGCGGCUCGCUGCUGAUCGGGGGAAGCGAGGACGGCUCCUUUGUUGUCUGGCAGGCGGACACUGGCAAAGUUCUGGCCAGUGUGUCCGGCGGGGGAGGCGAGUGUCCGCCGGCGACCGCUUUGUGUUUCCACCCUCACGCGCACCUGAUGGCCGUCGGCUACUUCGGUCCGAGCCCAGUGCAACUUUGGAUGCCCAGCUCGGCAGACAGGGCAUCGAUUGCCGCAGACACGGCACAGCGGCAGCUGCAACAACCGUCUCCGCAUCAAUUAAACGUGGACCACUUGCGCCUGCAGGACAUCAUCGCGCGCAUCGAUCGGGUGUUGUUGACAGGCGCUGCGGAUAAAAACGAUCGUUCAUCGUCGGAGCGCAGAUUGCUGUGACAAAAUUAAAAAUUUUAUCUAUGCAUCACCUCUCAUACUUUUAUAAUAAUAUUGCUGGUGUACGACACAGGCAAUCCAUUAAGUUAAUUGGAUGGCAUAUUUUGUUGACACUGAUGUACACGCUGGAGCUAGCGAAUAUUUUUUUAAAUAAAUUAUUAACAUUAUGUAAUCAAUCUCGGAUUGUAAUAAAAUUUUAUUUUCUAAAUAUAAUAGCAUGGAUAAGUAAAUAUGGGAAGAGCAUGCAUUUUAAUAAUAAAUAGCUAUAUAACAAAAUCAAUAAUUCUCCGUAUCUCUUUUGUUUGGGAUCAGCUUGAACUAAGAUGAUUUUAUUAUAUAAUAAUAGAUUGAAAAAUAUGUCAUAUAUUAAUUGAGCAAAAUUUGUACCAGUAAUAU